GACCGGGGACCUGGGCUGUGUCCUUGCGGGAGAUCUCCGCAGGGCUGUGACCUUGGCUUCUGGGACCGCGCCAGGAGAAGGGAGCAGCCAUUGAUCUUCCCGCCAUCGAGCCAACGAUGCCUCUCUUUGGGAACACCUUCAGCCCAAAGAAGACACCUCCUCGGAAGUCGGCCUCUCUCUCCAACCUUCACGCUCUGGACCGGUCCACCCGGGAGGUUGAGCUGGGCCUUGACUACGGGACCCCCACCAUGAACCUGGCGGGGCAGAACCUCAAGUUUGAGAAUGGCCAGUGGAUAGCAGACACGGGGAUCAGCGCGGGCGUGGACCGGAGGGAGGCCCAGCGCCUGCGCAGGCGGAACCAGCAGCUGGAGGAAGAGAACAAUCUCUUGCGGCUGAAAGUGGACAUCCUGCUGGACAUGCUCUCAGAGACCACUGCUGAGUCCCACCUGAUGGAGAAGGAACUGGAUGAGCUGAAGACUGUCAGCCGGAGGAGGAAAUGAAGACCCCCAAAGAGAUGUGUCAGGACAGGGGGAGGCCAUUCAUCGGGAGGAGCGUGUGGCCGAGGAGCUGUUAAUUUUUGCUAUUGUUUUUUUAAGCCAAACGAGUGGAAAAGGUCCCAGAGGAGAGAGUUCAGUGUGAGAGGGCCCAAAGACCCUGCACCCUGGGUCUGGCAACACUGUAGAGGAAACCAAGCCCCUAUACCAGGCCAGAACCAGAAGUGUGCUCCGCAAUGCCAGCCUGUAAGCCAGGUGUCAGGGACACCAGGCAGGUGCUCCGCCUCCGGUGCUCUCCAGACCCACCCUUUUGGACAGCUUCUGUUGGCUGAACAGCUGGAGGUCAUCACAUCACCCCCACCCCACAGGCUGGAGCUUGGGGAGAGUGGCAGGGGGAGGUCCUGAGUGGGCUGGGGGCCUUGUUCUCUGUCUCCCUCAGGCCACUCUUUCCGGGCAGUAGAGAAUACUUAAACUUCCCACCCCCCCAGCACACACCCCCAGCCCUGGUGUGGCAGCAAGUACCAACUUUCCAUGCCGCACUCUGCGAACGUCUAGUUGACACAAUUUCUUUUUUUUGGAUUGACAUUAAAUGAACCUGUUACCAUGUGA